GAGUAGCCGGAGCCACGGCGCACGCGGCCCGGAGGACCCCGGCGCAGGCCAGGCCGCACGCGGGACGGGAGCUAUCGGGAUGAAGGAUGCGCAGGGAGGAUGCGGCGCCACCUGCGGCCGGGAGGGACCAGGGCAGGUCCGCAGCCCGAGCGCGGCGCCCCCGGAAUCCCGCUCCACGUCCCCCAGAGGUCGGCCAGGAGCCUGGCAAGGACCCCAGCCGCACUCACCGUGCCGCGAUCCCGGUUCCAUCGUCCCGCCGCCCGCACCGCAGCGCGCAGCAGCGAUAGACGCCGCCCCCGGCCCGGCACCGCGCGGCCACGCCCCCUUCGCGGCCAGGGGGCUGGAUUGGCGAGCGCUGCGGCCAAUGGGGAAUGGCUGCCCUGUGUGUAUCUAGGUCACUGAUCAAGAACUCCAAACGCUGAAGGUGUUUGAUACCAAGGAGUCCUUGUCUCGCCAGCUACGAUUUCCCCAGCACUCCUUCUUCAGUAACCCUGGCCGUAUCCGCGCUGCCUCUGGACUUACUUUGAACAUACUGUGAUCCCUAAUUGCCUGUUCCUGGAGUGUUGGCAGUUGCUACAUACAGGUCACUGCCCUUUAACUAGACCUCAGUUCCUUCCCUGAGGAAGAUAUCGCUUUAUUCUCUGCUUCCAUCCAGUGUGAUACCACGUACCAGCAUACUGA